AUGAUAGCGAUGCUGUAUAACAUAAAAUUUGAAUACAUCGAAGAAGUAAAAAUAACGUUUCUUUUGCCUGGUCAUACCUACAUGCCGGUGGAUUCCGUGCAUGCCACAAUAGAGCGUUUUAUAAGAAAUAAGACCGUGUGGGCACCUAGUGAAUGGUCACCUUUAAUUAGAAAUUCACGAAUAAAUCCUUCUCCAAUUGAAGUUCGGAAUGUACAGUACUCAGAUUUUAAAGAUUGGAAAACAUUAGCUAAACAAUAUUUUGCUCUAAAUUUAAAAACUACAGACAAGGAAUUGAUUCAAAUAACUAAAGUGAAAUCAUUUAUUUUUAACAAACCUUUAAAUGGAGAUCACAACGUAAAAGUAUUUUUCACUUACUGCGCUGACGAAGAACCAAAAACAUUAAAAGUUAAGAAAAAAAACAUCGGCAUUAAUCCAACACAGUUAUACGGGGAGAGUUUACCAAUUUCAAAAGAAAAACUAACCGACCUUUUAAAAUUAUGUACCGAUGGCAUCAUACCCCACAACUUUCACGAAGAAUAUUUACGCAUGCAAUCAAACCACGAUAUAAGUGAUAUUUUACAAGAGACUGACGAAGAAGACUCAGACUAG